UUGAUCGUGUAUCAUGAUCGCCAGCGGUUUUAUAUUCACAGUUCUAAUAAUAUCAUGCAACAGUCAAUUAAAUUCAUUUACCUCCUUGUUUACAGACGUGUGGACAAAAAAUCCUAUUGUACAAUUUACAGCUCGAGCAUCCAGUGAAGUCAUAACAAACACCGUAGAUACUAUUACAAAAUUUCCUCUCGCAGUGGCCGGAGCGCUAACCCAAGGAUACAACUUUCCCACCCUCAUCAGCCCUACUAAUAUUAUAGAUUUAACAGAUAAAUUUGUCACUGAAUUCAAUUCUAAUUUAAAUAACGAAGAUGCUAACUUAAAUAUCGGAGAUCUCAUAAUUAAAUAUGGAUUUACAGUGGAAAAACACAACGUUCAAACCGAAGAUGGAUACAUUCUUAGCAUGUAUAGAAUACCGAAUAACGGAUCAGUAAUAUUCUUGAUGCAUGGAUUAUUGGGCAGUGCUGAUGAUUACGUAAUAGCGGGCCCGGAGAGCGGACUCGCUUACCUAUUAGCGAAUGAAGGCUACGACGUCUGGAUGGGAAAUGCCCGUGGAAAUAAACAUUCAAGACAUCACGUCAAAUUAAAUCCAUCAGAGUCAGUUUUUUGGGAUUUUACCUGGCACGAAAUCGGAUUUUACGACUUACCAGCUAUGAUUGACUAUGCUCUUGAAACGAGUAACACUGAAACACUGAAAUAUAUUGGUCACUCUCAAGGGACCACAGCCUUCUUCGUAAUGGCUUCUGAGAAAACUCACUACAACAAUAAAAUUAAUUUAAUGGUUGCAUUGUCACCGGUAGCCUUUAUGGCAAAUGCAAAGUCGCCUGUAGUCCGCCUUUUAGCACCAGGAGGUCCACUUAUUCACAGCGUGACCAAAACUUUAGGCAUCUAUGAAUUUCUUCCAGACAAUGCAAUGAUAAGAAUUCUAAAACGCUUGAUGUGCGGCAAUGGAGCGAUAGCAGAAAUUUUGUGUAAUAAUAUAAUAUUUUUAGCCGCUGGCUUUGAUUUAGGCCAGCUUAAUGUAACUAAUCUUCCUGUGAUGUUCGGUCACACGCCUUCUGGAGCGUCAGCAAAACAGAUUGCGCAUUACGGACAAAACGUUGUAUCAAACGAAUUCAGAAAAUUCGAUUAUGGUUUAUCGGAGAACUUGCUACGUUAUGGUAAAUCGCCCCCUCCAAGUUAUACGUUAGAACAAAUAAGUGCCCCCGUGUCAUUAUUUUACAGUGAAGCUGAUUGGUUGGCACAUCCCGAUGACGUCGAUAAGUUGUUCAACGAGUUAGGUAACGCUGUAGAUAUUUACAAAAUACCUUACGACCAGUUUAAUCAUAUAGAUUUCUUGUUCGCGAAAGAUUUUAAGAAAUUAAUUUAUAAGAGAUUACGAAAACUCCUGCUAUUAUUUUAAUAACGAUUAUUUGUCACUCCACAAUAAACAGAUAAUUUAUCUUUAGA